UCAGGUCUAGGAGCGGACGGUUUCUACUGCGGCUGGGCACCCGCUCCGCUCCCGCGACGGCCUGCGCUCCAGCUGCGCCCGGCCCGGCCCCGGCCCGGCCCGGCCCCGGCCUCCGAGCGAAGGCGCCGCUGCCGCCUGGGCCGCUCCCAGGGCCAUGAGGAGGCGGCGGCAGCCACUGCGGCCCGCGUCAAGGUGACCGGCCGUGACUGCGGCGGCAGCGGCGGCGAGAGCGGGCGAUCUACCUGUGUGCCAGCCCAUCUGUCCAUCCAUCCAUUCAUCCACCCAUUUAUCCAGUCGUUGUUCAGGGCCUGCGGAGCGCCAGCACUAUGCUAACUGUGGGGCUACAAUAGAGGAGAAAGACAGGACUUCUCCUGACGGGUUAUGUCACCGACAGAGGCUGCCCUGAAGCUCCCUGUGGCCUGGAGACUAUGUACAGGAGGAAUGGUCUGAUGGCUAGUGUGUUGGUCACCUCCGCCACUCCACAGGGCAGCAGCAGCUCAGACUCUCUGGAGGGCCAGAGCUGCGACUAUGCCAGCAAGAGCUACGAUGCCGUUGUCUUCGACGUCUUGAAAGUGACUCCCGAGGAGUUUGCUAGCCAGAUCACAUUAAUGGACAUCCCUGUGUUCAAAGCCAUCCAGCCAGAGGAACUAGCCAGCUGUGGAUGGAGUAAGAAGGAGAAACAUAGUCUCGCCCCAAACGUUGUGGCCUUUACCCGGAGGUUUAACCAGGUCAGCUUUUGGGUUGUACGAGAAAUUCUAACAGCACAGACUUUAAAAAUAAGGGCAGAAAUCCUGAGCCAUUUUGUGAAAAUAGCCAAGAAACUCCUCGAACUCAACAACCUUCACUCUCUCAUGUCUGUGGUGUCGGCAUUACAAAGUGCACCCAUCUUCAGGCUGACAAAGACCUGGGCUCUUUUGAAUCGAAAAGACAAGACCACCUUUGAGAAAUUGGACUACCUGAUGUCUAAAGAAGAUAAUUACAAACGGACUCGGGAAUACAUCCGAAGCCUGAAGAUGGUUCCCAGUAUUCCCUAUCUAGGGAUCUAUCUUCUGGAUUUAAUCUACAUUGAUUCUGCAUAUCCUGCCUCAGGCAGCAUCAUGGAAAACGAACAAAGAUCCAAUCAGAUGAACAAUAUUCUCCGAAUAAUCGCAGAUUUACAAGUCUCCUGCAGCUACGAUCACCUCACAACCCUGCCCCAUGUGCAAAAGUACCUGAAGUCCGUGCGCUACAUCGAAGAACUCCAGAAGUUUGUGGAAGACGACAACUACAAAUUGUCACUCAGAAUUGAACCAGGAAGCAGCUCUCCAAGACUCGUCUCUUCUAAGGAAGAUCUUGCAGGCCCCUCUGCCAGCUCCAGCUUCGCAAGGUUCAGCCGGCGGCCUACCUGUCCUGAUGCGUCUGUGGCUGGUAGCCUCCCCACACCCCCGGUCCCAAGACACAGGAAGAGCCACAGUCUGGGCAACAAUAUGAUGUGUCAGUUGAGUGUAGUUGAGAGUAAAAGUGCGACAUUCCCAUCGGAGAAAGCGAGGCACCUGCUGGACGACAGUGUCCUAGAGUCCCGCAGCCCUCGCAGGGGCCCCGCCCUCACCUCCUCCUCCGCCGUCACCAAUGGACUCUCGCUAGGCAGUAGUGAGAGCUCAGAGUUUAGUGAAGAAAUGUCUUCAGGGCUGGAAAGCAGGGGACGUCUCUACGCCACGCUGGGGCCCAACUGGAGAGUUCCAGUUCGGAAUUCUCCCAGGACCCGGAGCUGCGUCUACAGCCCCACCGGCCCCUGCAUCUGUGCGCUGGGGAGCUCGGCGGCCGUGCCCACCAUGGAGGGGCCCUUGAGAAGGAAGACUCUGCUCAAGGAAGGACGGAAGCCCACACUGUCCUCCUGGACCAGGUACUGGGUCAUCCUCUCAGGAUCCACCCUCCUGUACUAUGGAGCCAAGUCCUUGCGGGGCACAGACAGAAAACACUACAAAUCCACGCCUGGCAAAAAGGUCUCCAUCGUGGGCUGGAUGGUGCAGCUGCCGGAUGACCCCGAGCACCCGGACAUCUUCCAGCUGAACAACCCUGACAAAGGCAAUGUUUACAAGUUCCAAACUGGCUCCCGGUUUCAUGCAAUACUGUGGCACAAGCAUUUGGACGAUGCAUGUAAAAGCAACAGGCCUCAGGUACCUGCAAACCUCAUGUCGUUUGAAUAAGUCUCUGCACAUGGCGUGACUUCAGAGGCUGCUGAGAGCCCCGACUCGACUGCGGUGAGUGCAGGUCCUGGGCACAGGCCACUGGCCUGGUGCUGGGAGACGCACAGCUGGACUCCAGGGGACGCCGCCUGUGGCCUCCCAGCCCAGAGGCGCUCUCGGCGCCAACCCCAGUGACUCUCAUGACACUCAUUCAGCAGCUCCGUCGUCCUCCCUCUCUGGGCUCGUGUCCCUCAGCUGCUGCUGCGACCAGAGCAUUCAGCCGAGGGGGCCCAGGGCUUCUCCUGCACGAAGGAGUGGACAGUGUUAACUGUGUGAGGGGCCAGAGAGCAGGCACCGGCUGCGGGACGGGCUUUUACGCCCCAAGUGCACGGGGCUGCUCGCCCACAGGGCCCCCUCAGAUUUUGUACAACCCUAAGCGUCCUCUGCACGUGCGUGCCGUGUACGUGUGCACACGAGCGAGCGUGAACUCUUCGAGAAACAUGCAUUUUGGCACAAGGUGCGUGACAUCACACACUUCACUGGCUUCGAGGCCCUGCUUUAACCUUACGUGGCAGCCCUGCCCACCAAGGAAGGUCGGAGUGGGAGCCCAGAUCCCGCCUGUGUUAAGGGCCCCUUGCAUUCUUCUACUGUAAACAACAAUGCCUUAAACCGUGUCCUGUUUUCUGUUCCUAUGGGUGCUAUUCAUCUGGAAGCUGCUUCCUGGGCCCGGGGCCCGUCCAGGCCUCGGUGGUGUCAGCUCUUCUGAGACAGGCCCCGGCUGCCGGACUGUGGACUGGCCUGCUUGCUUCCUCCCACUCCUCCAGCAGGGUCUGAAGGCCCUUCUCCUCUCCCCCACCCCCCAGCCCCCCCACGUGCCAGAAGGGGAAUUGUGCCACUUCUCCCAGCUUCUCCGAGCAGCUCGGGCACCACCCUCACAUGAAUGGCUUCACGACCUCUCCCCUCGAGCCUCUGCUCCCACCACCACACCCUCUGCCUCCACUGCCAGGCGGGCCACGGGAUCCCUGAUCACCCCGGGAGCUGAGUGACACGGAGGCCUUAAGCUCCCCCAAUAUUGCCGCCCAACCCAGUCACCAGCAAGUUUUCCAUCACCAAGUCCAAGGGCACCGUUGUUGACGACCAUGUGACAAGAGAGCAAAGCCCUGGGAGUGAGAGGCCCACGCUCCACGUUCAGUUAAGAGCUCUUCACAUGAACAACAUCCCUAUCUGUCACUCUCAUAGUUUUAAGUGACUUUUAUUUUGCACAAAUACAUUUUUAUUCAAAAUAAUUAAUAAAAAUUAACUUUAUAAUAGCUUUAUCACUGUAGCUCCCCCUCCCUC